UCUUGACAUCGCAGUGUCAGUAAAUUGCACACAUCUUGCAGGCAGUAUGAAGGCUUUAACAGUUCUUCUCGUUCUAAGCGCCUUUGCAACAGUGUUCGCCAAUCAACUGGUGUUCCACAAAGCCUUCUAUAAUCUUUUAGAAGGAGAUCAUCAGAACAGAAUGGCUAAAGCUGCGAGGGACUAUAACUUGCCAUUAAAUCCGUUAAUCUCCAAUGAUGCCAGUGACGCCAAUGAUGCAAAAGAUCUCUACGAGCCGUGGAUGAAACCUUGCGUCCAUCAAGGGAUACGUUGCUUUAUCAAGUCGGGGAAAGAUGCCUGUCAAAAGCUUUGUUGCGGUGACCAGUUCUUUGAGUGCCUUCAAUAUCACAAGCCAGAGGGACACCCAGGACUGCUCGCGAAACUGACCCCUUUGCAGAAAGGCUGUUUGGCACUUGUUGGAAUGUGCAGGGCUUAUAGUCCAUCGUGUGAAGGAAAGUUAUGUUGCUACCUUCGCUUCCAGAAAUGCUUUGAGUUUGUCAGCCAACACGAACGUUAGCCCCAAGACAAGUUACACUGUUACAAUGGCAAUGAUAGCAAGAUAUCGAUCCCAAUGAUGUGCGAUCAGGCUCAAGUUUUUCCUUUAUAAAUUAUUAUCAUCUCGAUGUAACAUGCAGGCAAUUAGAAGUAAAGAAAUUUAAAGAGGGAA